AUAUCAAAUAAUUACAUAAUAUAUGUUCGAAAUGAUAAAGAUUGUACUAAUUGGGUUGGUCGAGGUUGAACCAUUGAAUAACUUUAAAAUAUAUUAUAUUUUAGCCACUAAGAUAUAAAAUAAUAGCAUAAUAUAUGUUAUGCUAAAGAAAAUAGCUUGUUUUAGAAUGACAAACCCAUGAUGUUCAUUUGUUUUACUUGAUGACUAAAUCCCGUGUAGGUCAGACCCAUUCAACUCUUUUAUUUUAUGGUUAGCGGUUAGUCCAUUAGAAUACAUGCAUUAGUUUAUUGUUAAUUUUUUUUUCUUUUUAGAAAUAAAAAGGAGUAUUGUUUUUGUCUUUUAAUAUAUAUUUUACCACCACGGAGCGAUAAAAGGGGUUAAAGAAAAAAAUUGACACUCCUGAACCCUUUAAACCGGCAUGUGUAUGGUAAGUUGGCCUGUUCCACAGAUGAAAAAAAGAAAUAAUUGACACUCACUAUUCUACCCUUCCUACAAAUGCUCUUGGAGUAGAGAAUUUGAAAUGGGGGAAUGUUUUUUCCCUCUUUGCUAUUAUAUGUUUUUAAUUUAAAAAGAUAUAACAAAUGUACUUAGUAUGAUUGGUUAUGGUCUUUGUUUCUUUUUAAAGUGAUCACGGUUUGAAUCUUAGUCGUGCCUUUUUAGUGAAUAAAAAAAAGUAAUUGUGAUUUGUGAAGACCAAAAUAUCCUUCAUACUUUCACUCUGAAUGCAGGAAUUCCUUCUAAUAACUCAAGAUUUGAGGAUUGCAGUUAAUUUUGAUAGCUGCCAAGAAAGUACCUCCAACCCUCCCAAAAAGUGUGUUGAAAAAAUUCGCCAGUCUUCACAAAUUGAAAUCUUGCAUUUUUACACCUAUAAUGUUAGCACCCUGCUAACACUUAUUAUAUGUGCAUAAUCGUAACUAUACCCUUCUCCCUCCGCAUCUCGUCCCCUCAAAUCCCAUCCCCUUCCACCAGCUGCCCACACGGAUCCGUCUCCAUCGCCAGGUCCAAAAAUGACUUCCGCUGCAUCCUCCUUAGGGGUGUCAGUUCGGGUCGGGUUUGGUUAUCCGAACCGAAACUCGAAAAAACUCAAAAAACCCGAAAAACAAAAACUACUAAAACCGAACCCGAACCCGAUAAGGACUUGCGGGUUCCAGUUACUCGAAACCCGAAAAUUCCUUAUCGGGUUCGGGUUCGGUUAAAGCAAAACCGAAACCUGAAAACCCGAACGCCUAAGAAUACGGGUUGAGUUCUAUUCAUUGAAGGUUUUUAGCCGAAACCCGAAAAAUCGAUAAGCAAAACCGAACCCGAAACCAAAAAACCCGAAACCCAAAACGAAGCCGAACCCGAAAAACCGAAAAUGUAUAUAAUCGGAUCGGUUUCGGAUAAACCAGAAAAACCGAACCCAAAUGGACACCCCUAAUCCUCCUUCGCCACUACUACUACGAGACGGACGCAUGUCGGAUCGUAGCCUUCGCCUGGUCCUGUUGUGCCAACAACACCUUUGUCAUUCUAAAAUUUUUUAUGGACUAGACUUCUGCCACCAACGGCGCGUGAACAGCUUCACCCGACCAUUCAUCUUCGAUUGCAUGAUUGCCAGCGCAAUCUGGGUCGCUCCGACUAAUGCUGCGCGAGUUCAGCUCCUAGGAUGGAAGGAAAUCCCGCCGUUGUGAAGAUGGAAAAAGGCAAAUUUGUUUCCAUUUCACCUUCAGCCACCCCAUAUUGAUCUCUCUACCUCUCGCUCUAGGAAUUUUGGCGGUAAUGAGUUGGUUGGUCGAAUUUCUGAAACUAAUUAUAAGCUAGUUUGGCCCUGUUGUAGUUUUUGCGGAAGCAACUUUAAGCUUGAGCUUUUAGAGAAGUACUUUUCAAAAAAAGUAGUUGAGUGUUUGGCUGAGAAACUAUUGGAAGUGUUUUUUACUAUGCCUAUGUUUGGCCCUGCUUUUAGAUGUGCUUUUUGGCUGCAAAAGCUGAAGUAGGGCCAAACACCUCUAAAAGCUCGGCUUUUGAAAAGCCAAAAAUUAUUUUUGUAUAAAAUAAAAGCAGAAGUUUCGAUUUGGAGCUUCUACGAAAAGCUGUUUUGAAAGUUAUAUUGUCCAAAAUAGAAUUAAAAUAUGGUAAGGAUAAUUGUAAUUUCAAAACAACUUUAAUUGCACAAGAUACACGUGAAAUACCCCUUCCUCCAAUUUUCCAUAAUACCAAGCGUGCCCCUCCUCCCCUUUCCCUUCAUUAAUUGUGGUCAACUCAUUUAAAUUAAAAAGUCAUCCAAACGAAAUGUUCAUAUUGGUUGAAUUUAGUGUUAGCAUAAUGCUAACAAAAAAAAGUGUUAGCACCCUAACCUUUUUCGAGAAUCUUGGUUGUUUUCCUCAUCGACCGACAUCUGAAAGAAAAAGGUUUGAUAGGAGAAGAAGUCGGUAUCAAACCAUAGUUAUGGUUGUCACGCCGGCCGGCGUGCCACCGGUUGUACCUGGUUCAACCAGUACCGGUCAUAAAACCGGUAUGACAUCACCAGUAUGACCGGCAUGAUCGAUAUACGAAUCUCUAAGUAAAAUGACCUUAUUUUAGUGAAUUUAAUUGAUAAAAAUUAUUUUUAUUAUUUAUUUUAUGAGCAUAAAAUUUAAAUAUUGAUGUUAUUUGUUGGAUUCAAGUAUAAAUGUUUAGCUAUUGAUGUUAAAUGUCAUGUUUAAAUAUAAGUUUUUAUAAUUUUAUUUAUAAUAUUGACCGGCAUGAACCGGCACAAACCAGUAUGUGCCACCGGUUGAACCAUUACACUUGCUAAACCGGCACACUGGCACAAACCGGUUUGACAACGUUGAUAGACUAUAAACCACGUGUUAGAAAUCGAACAUAAAAAAUUAGGGUUACCGAUCUGGCUGAGUCGCGGACUAGAUCGCUCUCUUUAAGACGUUCGUGGUACUGCCUCGUAUUGCGCACAACAGACUAUUAGUCGGUCGCCUCCAGGAUAAAACAUCCAUUCUAAUUUUCUUGCUCAUCGGUUUUGUGCGAAAAACCGGAGCUCUAUGAAUUCACUCUCUCUCGUGUUUCUGCUCUUCUGAUGUGUGUUUAGAGGGUCUGGGGCGUCUCCUAUUUAUAGGAGCAGAAAACCCAGAAUAUUCCCUCUUUCUUUGGGAAUAAGACAUAUUUUAAUUAGGGAGAUAAUUACUCUCAUAAUUAAAAUAUAAUCUAUUAAGAUAAUUGUUUCUAAUUAUCUCCAUAAUAUUCCUUUUAUUAAUUAUACAUCUUAUUUAUGUAUUAUGGGAAAAUACUGGAUAAUUAAUUAGGAAUUUCAUUUAUAGCUUUUCAAAGCUAUUCAUCCCAACAAUCCCCCACUUGAAUAGUUUUGAAACUAUCUUGAGCAUCAACAGUUCCAUAAGAUCGGGCAUAAGCUAAGGUAUCGCGAAGAUUUGAACCUUAGCGUAGUGGUUACACUUCCGAUUUCAUAAGGGUGACUCGUAGUCUUGAACCCUAUCUCAGACAAUGUAGCACACCAGAUCUUUUCAUUGAGUGAUAUUCUCUCAUAGGCCGUGCGUUUAUGGCCAUGCACGUUAUCCCGGUUUAGUGAACACUCCAGCAACUUUGUGCCUCCAAAGUUCCAUAGGGAGCGGCCCCACUCCCACAUUCACAUAGGUGAGUCUAUCAGAAGUACCCCCAAAGUAAAGUACUUCACUCCACAUAGAGUAUAGAUCUCAUUAAGAGUUUAACUCAACCUCCAAGGCUUUGGGAUUCAUGCUUCACUAUGCAUGAACUUUUCUCAAUAUUACUCAUGACUUGUUAUUACCCAUUGAACCCGUUUCUUGGGAUCUCCAGUCAAUCGAGUCGGGUUACCAUCACUUGUAAUCCAUGGUUCGGUAGGCAUAAGUCACAUACCCUUCGUGGUAUUUUGGACUUUCUCUCUAGCUAGUCCUUUCGUCAAAGGACCAACUAGAUUCUUUUAUAAUCUCAAGUUCAUCCUUUCGUCAAAGAAUAAACUAGAUUCUCUUUUAAGUGAUCCUAGGGACUCUCUCUUCCAGUACUGUUCUCAUGACGAACUUGUCGCCUCUUACCAUUUGUUACGGUUCUAUUUAGCAAUUGCUAUCGCAAUGGAUCAAUACCGGCGGAUACGGUCUUUCCCGUAAGGGAAUCUCUAGUAAUGACCCUCUCAAUCAACUUUCUUCUUUACUAGCCAUUGCUAGUUCUAUCAUUUCUGAUUCCAUAUUUGAUUGAGCCAAGAUCGUUUACUUAUUUUUCUUAGACUUCCAAGACAGAACUUCUCUAUCGAUGUUUAAAACAUAACUUCUGGUUAUCUUGGAGCCUCUAUAGGGUAUUCUCAUCCGCAUCAAUAUACCCUACUAGUACAGCAAGAAACCGUUGAUAACAUAUAUCAAGGUCUACUGUUCUCUUAAGGCAUCUCAUGACCCCUUUCAAUAGCAUUUCAAUGCUUCAUACUAGGAAAACCUGUAAACCUCCCAAGUAUCCCACUAUGUCGGGUCUCAUGUUUAUCAGCUGCCUCUCGCAGACUAUCGAUGCUAGUAUGUUCUUACUUUCUUACACCGUCUCUGGUGCUCUUUUAAAAAAUUGUACUAGCAUCUUCAAACAUUUAGUCAAGUGUACAACUUGUAUUUCUUAUAGAUCUUAACCAGACAGUUAGAUUGAUCUAUAAAAAAUUUCUUUCACUAUCCUAGUUAUUUGGUUCUCACUCAACAUGGUUUUUCACAUUUAUUCAUGUCAUGAGUCUUUGCAACAAAGAUCAACAUGUCUUUUAUAGUGCAAGUGUCGUUCUCAAGUUAGUAACAAAUGCACUUGCCACUUUCAUUCAAAACCAUGAGAGAUAACCAUCCAUCCAUGCAUGAUCUUUAAAGUCUGUUUCAAAUCAUACCAUGAUUUGUCUCACCAUAGACUUUAAAAGCAUGUUCAAUAAUAACAACCUUUUAGG